AUGGCUAAAAUUGAACUGAAAGUCAUUGCUAUUGAUGAACAGCUGAAAGUCAUUUAUGAAGAUAAUGUUCAUUUUGAUAAAGACCUUCCAGAAUUUAAGACUCAAGGUGGAGUCCAUAUUCACAGUGACAGACUGACAGUCACUUCUCCUGUGCUAAUGUGGGUCAAGGCUCUGGAUAUGAUUUUGGAAAAGAUGAAGUCUUCGGGCUUUAACUUCUCUCAAGUCAGAGCUUUGUCUGGUGCUGGCCAGCAACAUGGGAGUGUGUACUGGAAAAAAGGAAGCAUCCAAAUUUUAAAGAAUGCAUCAUCCGAACUGCCUUUACAUCAGUCGCUAAAGGCUUGUUUUUCUGUCAGUAACAGCCCCAUCUGGAUGGAUUCUAGCACAGCUUCCCAGUGCAGUGCUCUGGAGAAAGCCGUGGGAGGAGCACAGCAGCUAGCGAGCAUCACUGGUUCUCGAGCCUAUGAGCGUUUUACAGGAAACCAGAUAGCAAAGAUUUACAGCCAGAAUCCUGAGGUCUACAUGCAAACUGAGAGAAUCUCUUUGGUUAGUAGUUUUGCGUCUUCCCUUUUCCUAGGAGCUUAUGCACCCAUCGAUUAUAGUGAUGGUUCUGGUAUGAACUUGCUGCAGAUUUGGGAAAAGGUAUGGUCAGUGUCCUGCCUUGAUGCUUGUGCACCUGGAUUAGAGGAGAAACUAGGAUGCCCUGUACCAUCCCAUUCGGUCCUGGGGCCCAUUUCUCCAUAUUAUAGUCAGCGUUAUGGGUUUAGCCCAGACUGUAAAAUAGUAGCAUUUACAGGAGACAAUCCAGCAUCAUUGGCAGGGAUGAGACUUCAAGAAGGAGAUAUUGCAAUUAGCCUUGGCACAAGUGACACAUUGUUUCUGUGGCUCCAAGAACCAGCUCCUGCCUUAGAAGGUCACAUCCUCUGCAAUCCUGUUGAUUCUCAAACAUAUAUGGCACUUUUAUGUUUUAAGAACGGCUCUCUGAUGAGAGAGAGGAUCAGAGAUGACUGUGCUUCAGGCUCCUGGGAUGAAUUCUCCAAAGCCUUAUCAUCUACUGUUGCUGGAAACAAUGGAAACUUGGGUUUCUACUUUGAUGUGAUGGAAAUUACUCCUGAAGCAGUUGGGAUUCACAGAUUCAACAGAGACAACGAAAAGGUUUCAGACUUUCCAAAGGAGGUGGAAGUACGAGCGUUGAUUGAAGGGCAGUUCAUGGCCAAGAGGAUUCAUGCUGAAAAGCUGGGAUAUAAAGUCAUGCCCAGAACAAGGAUUUUGGCUACUGGUGGUGCAUCCCACAAUAAAAAGAUCUUACAGGUCCUGUCUGAUGUGUUCAGCGCACCGGUGUACACUAUUGAUACCGCCAACUCCGCUUGUUUAGGGAGUGCUUACAGAGCAAUUCACGGGCUUGUAGCUGAGACGAAUGUGUCCUUGGCUGAUGUCGUGAAAUUAGCACCGGAGCCUAGAUUGGCUGUUACACCAACCGCUGGGGCUGAGGAGCUCUAUCGUCCACUUCUGAAAAGAUAUGCUGAGCUUGAACAGAAGGUUAUCUACAGCCCAAGCUCUUGUCUUGCGAAAUAGAAGCAAACAAAAUUUAUAAGUCGGCUGAAGAGUGGACUCCCAAGGAGAAGAUCAGAAAAGAUUUGCUCAGAAUUUACUGGAGUUGUUUAAAUCAUUUUGUUCCUCUUUGUAGACAAAUAAUUUUUAAAUGUCUGUGUGCGAGUGUGUUGGUGGAAAAAAUGGCAUUGUGAUUGAAAACCUGAUUAAAAAA